AUGUCCCAAUCCAGGCGCCAGGCUCCUCUCGGUGAGCGACCAUACAAGAUCCGUAAACACAUCCAUCAAGGCCCGCCCUUUGCUGCGGUGCCAAUACCCGCCUCGCUGCCGCCUUAUUGGCCGCCUACGGACGAGCCCUUCGUCAAUACGCAGCUGUACGGCGGACCAGCCAUCUAUGGAGACAAUGCCUGGUCCCAGAGCCAGGGACUCGGGCACCUCGACCAAAGCUUUGUCAAAAGUUUGCCUGCAGAUAGCCAACAAGGGCUUGACAUGUUCCAGCCUGCUUCUGCCCAGGCACCUCCUCCAGCGUUGAGCACCGUGAGCAGCGUCACCUACUCGUCCUCAUCGACCUCCCAGCCAUCAUCGGCAGGCUCCGGGCUGUCUCCAUCGCAGACUGAGCUUCCAUUUGAGUGGCCGGCUCCAACGUCAGCUUCGCAUUCCCGCGUUCCAUCGCCUGCUGAACGGGCGGUAGAGCGUGCCCAAAGCCGAUUCGUCUGCCUUGGCCCGCAUUGCGAUGAGGCUUUCGACCGGGAGCAGGAGCUAAAGAGCCACUUCAAAGCGGUCCACACACACAUUUGCAACUGGGGAGGCUGCGACCAGCCAGCCUUCUCCUCCAAGGAAGGACUGACCUGGCACGUCAAGCUAGAGCACCUUCUCGUCUGCCCCGCACCAGGAUGUACGGAAAGCUCCUUCCAGAGCAAGAGAAUCUUGGAGUGCCACAUCAGAUGUGCACAUCCUGACGCCAAUGAAGGCAACGGGAAGGCCGUCGAGUCGGUCCCGAAGCCGAUGGUACCUGUCAUGACUCUCGAAAAGUCCGCCAAACAACCAUCCACCAACACAGCUGCAAAUCCAAAGGAUGCCAUGGAGGACAAGGCGACUAGGCAAAGCCUGUCUGUCACGUUGGCGAAGAAGAGAUGUCGAGAACAGCUGCGAGCGGCUGUGGAAAAGAAGCAUAAAAGGCAAAACGGCCAAGCACCUCGCGCAGCCGAUAGUCCCAGUGACUCGUCACGGGCGGUAAUCACCCGCCUGAUCGAGAGCGCCAGCUUUCCGAUGGUUUGGGAGCAUGGCGUUCUACCCUUUCUGGUCGAGUUCCUCCCAAAGUGGUGCGGCCCGAACCACGUCGUCAGCGUCACCCGCGGCAAGACUCCCGGCUCCCGUCGCGUCUGUAUAAUGACUAAGAAGCAACCAUCACGAGCACGACGGAUUAUCAUCGCAACCCACGUGAAAGAUCUUCUGCCUGAGAUAUACCGGCCAACAAUAUCUUUCGAAUUCUCCAUCGGCGACGUGGAACGCCUAGUCUGGGCCAGAGGGUUGAGCAAGGACAUGCCAGACGACAUCUGCAUGGCCCGGAACCCGCAUUACUUCAAGGACCCAUGUAUGGGCGACAGCAUCGGCAUCGCAGGGACCGACGACUUCGAGGAGAGUACCUCAACUCUGGGACCAUGUCUAGUCAUCGGCGGUGGAAACUACUGGCUGGCCAACUUCCAUCCCUUCGUCGACGCGUACCAACACCUAAGCGAAGUCAGCGUGCAACAUCCUUCACCAAGCGACCGAUCCCGCUGCGUCGAGGAACGCCACGAUACCAUGGACGAAUCCAAAGAUUUCACCAUUGGCAAACUCACCGCAACAUCAGGCAUCGACCUCAAGACAACCCGCAUCUCCCAUGACCCUUUUUGGGAAGACUGCGGAAAAGAACAGCCUUUGAUCGUGACGGACUGGAUCCUGAUCGCUGCAAAGACCAAGCAAGCCAAUAUUCUUCGCCGGUUCCCCUCAGAGACAAUGCCCCUCCUGAAAGAAAUACCCAUCAAGAACACUUCGGCCAUUGUGCCAGGCGGGUCAGUUGUAUCCACGGGCCGAACAUCCGGGCAACAGCGUGGACAAGUCUGCGAGGUACCCGCUUACGUCAGGGGAGAGGACAACGGUACAGGCAAGGCUACACGCGAAUGGUUCAUCGAAGACCCGGACGAUGACGAGGAAGCAUGGAUUCGAGGUGGCAUCGGCGUUGAAGGCGACAGCGGUGCCGCGGUAGUCGAUGCAGACACCAAUGCCCUCGUGGGCCAACUCUGGGGACGGAACAAGUACUUCGGGGCCGGCCCCCGCGUGACCUACUUCACCCCUGUCGGCGACCUCUUCGACGACAUCCAAGAACGGUGCGACCAGCAAGGGCGGCCCCAACUGCCGCAGUACCGGGACGAGUCGGACUGCUACCCCGUCUACCCGAGCUGCCGACAGUGCUACGAUCUGCGCACCUACCUCGACAGCCGGCGCAGCUCGCGAGAAUCCCUCCGCUCCAUGAUCGGCCGCCUCGAGAGCGACCAUGGCGAGCUCCCCUCGCUCGGCGGCACCUCGGAGCUCGCGACGCCACAGGACCACGUCCUCUGGUCUCGGCACACCGGCGUCGAGGAAGUCGGGUCAUCCUUCUCCAGCAGCAUAUCCCCCGCCGCAGUCCACAACUUCGGCUUCACCCCGCAGCCAGGGACGCCCAGCAUCGUAGACGUCAAGAGCCCGUACGCCCUAACGCUCAGCGCAGAGGAUCUAUACGACGACGAGGCCUUCACGUCAACGGCCACAGGCAAACGGUCAGCUGCAAUGAUGCAGCGCGGCUCGGUCCCGGGUGCCAAGAGGCAAAGAUUACAUUAG